AUGGAGAGGAGAGGAGAGGAUGGGGCUGAGCUGCUGCCCCGGUGGGCCGAGGAGGAGCGGCGGGUGCAGGGACGAUACAGCGCGCUACGGCGGCGCAGGAGGGUGGACCGGCUGGUGGGGCUGAGCGCAGAGGUCAUCGGGCGGCACCUGGACGACGUGGAGAGCUUCGAGGGGGUGGGCGAGGAGCUGGUGAUGCUCGUAUGGCUCCACUUCCUCCACCAACCCCGCCACCCUCCCGAUCAUCAUGAAGAUGAAACCCACAACCACCAGCCGCCCGCGACCGUCGACGAGUUGUCCCAGCAGACCAGGGGGGUGGUCCUACACGGGCUGGCGGCCGAUCUGUGGCCGUGGGCCGAAGACUUGCUGGCCUUCACCUUCAUGAACGUGGAGGGCUUCAGCGAAGAGCGGCUCGUGCCGCUGCUCGUGGUGGCCCAGCCGAUCGUCAACAACACGCCGCUGGUGGGCGGCCGGGAGGGGCGGCCGUCGCGGGUGAUGCUGACGCCCGACGAGGCGGAGCGGGUGUUCAAGCGCUUCAAGAAGAGUGCGAUCGCCUACUUCUUCUGCGGCGGAGGGACAAAGGGGAAGAAGAAGAACAAGAACAAAAGCGUAGAAGAAAACGAGGCAAAGAAGGAGAGGGACCUGUUCAAGAAGGCGAAGAAGAGGCACCUCUACCAUACCGACAAGUGGCAGAUCAGGGAGGACCGACGCGACCAGCUGCUGACCCUCAUCGGCACCGACAGGAUGGACAUCUACUCUCAUGUACUCCGCUGCGCCCACCUCUCCCAGGGUGGCGGACUGGCCACACUUGGCCGUUUUUGA